AUGGCCACCAUGGUGAACAUGAACAGCCUCCUGAACGGAAAAGACUCUCGUUGGCUUCAGCUCGAAGUGUGCCGCGAGUUCCAAAGAAAUAAAUGUUCUCGGCCCGAUAACGAGUGCAAGUUUGCGCAUCCCCCGACUACUGUGGAGGUCCAGAACGGAAGAGUCACCGCCUGCUACGACAGCAUUAAGACGCGGAAGUUCUCUAAAGUGAGUCAAGCCCACAUAUUCCUGUCGCUUUUGUUGCGAGAGAUGCGUAAACGCAGUUCUCGAAAUAGUUUUAUAUACAGAAGAAAUGUGUGGAGUUCUCAUAUGUCCACACACACUAGCAUAGUCCAGAAAUCUCGAGCUGCAUCUGACAACCCUCCGUUCACUUACCUCCUGCGUGAAGACACGUUAUUAACGUCACGAUUUGCCCGUUAUGAAAAGCAGUCAUUAGAAUGGUGCACUCGUAGCGAAAAGGCAGAUAAAUUAGACUUACUUUAUUAUGCUCUGAUUGCAAUAUAA